UUGAGUUUGAUGUUGAUUUAUUGUGAGAAAGCUCGUAAACAGCUUAUGGGAUAUGACUACUACGAAUGGAUUUUCAGACUCACAAGAGUCUGAUAUAUUAGGUGAAGAAGAAUACAAAGUGCUCGUGAAAGAUAUUGGCUUCGUACCUUCAUUCUGGAUACAAAGUAUAACAGAAGAUAAAAUGGAAGAAAAAUAUGAUUUAACCCAACAAUAUAUAGAAGAAGAGAAACCAAUGAAAGAUGAAGAAGAAGAACAAGAAGAACAAGAAGAACAAGAAGAUGAAUAUUUUCAAGAACUUGAUCCAGCCAUUCCUGUAAAAGAAGAGUUUCCUGGUCAUUAUAAUUUUCAAGUUUCAUUGGGUAAUCAAGAUUCCAGUAAACAUUGGACAUAUUCUCAAAUAUUAAAAAAAGUAUUUAUUAAUAUGGAAGAAACACUGCCACUACGUUUUAAAUGGGAACCACCUGAAGAUGGUUUUCUUUUGCGUACUGCCAUGGUUUUUAGUUUAGAUCAGUAUGCUAGUGAUCCAGUUAAAAGAUGUCAUAAUCACAUGGCAACAAAUAAUCCAAGUAAUAGAGAUGUAGAUCCUAGAAUAAUCAAACAUGUUGUUCGUUGUACACAUCAUCUUACUGUUUAUGAAGAAAGAAAUGAACAUUUAUCUAUAGUAACACGUCUUAAUAGACCACAACCUGGAUCACAAUAUGUACCAGUGUGUUUUAAAUUUUUAUGUAAGAAUAGUUGCCCAUCUGGUAUGAAUCGCAGACCAACAGAAUUAAUUUUUACUUUGGAAGAUCGUAACAGGAGAAUUUUGGGUCGACGGAGACUUCCUGUUAGAGUUUGUAGCUGUCCCAAAAGAGAUAAAAAAAAAGAAGAAGCUGAAAUAGUAGAUACACAACCUGAGAUAAAAAAGAGAAAGCUUUGUAUACCAGUUGCGAAGAAAAUGAUGCCUUCAUGUGAUACACAUGUAUUUAAUGUUCAAUUAAAUAUUGUUGGAAAAGAAAACUAUUUGGCUGUAUUAAAGUAUGCAUAUGAUAUAAUGGCAGGUCAAGCAACAAGAACUGGACAGUUUGAAUUUUUUAAACCAUAUAUGGAUGAUAUAUUACGUAAAACCCCAUAA